GGGCCCCCCCCAGACCCCCGCAGCCCCGUGCUCAGCCUGGUGAGCUGCUUCUCCGGCGGUGUUUUCAUGGGCACCUUCCUGCUCGACCUCCUGCCUGACUACCUGAGCAGCAUCGCUGCGGCGCUGGAGGGGCUGCGCAUCACGCUCCAGUUCCCUCUGCCGGAGUUCAUCCUGGCCAUGGGCUUCUUCCUGGUGCUGGUGCUGGAGGGGGGGCUGGAGGGGCUGGCGGCCGGCACCUUCCUCUUCGUCACCUUCCUGGAGAUCCUGCCCCAGGAGCUGGGGGUGCCCCGAAAUCGCAUCCCCAAGGUCAUCCUGAUCCUCGCCGGCUUCGCGCUGGUCAGCGCCAUCCUCUUCGUCAAGGGGUGAGAUCCCCCCAGGCUCCUGGAGAAUCCCACGGAAUUCAUCUUCCCCCUGCAUCCUCCUUUCCAAAAGUGCCAAAGUGCCUUUCCCAUCCCCGUGCCUCAGUUUCCCUGGGAUCCUGGCCUGGGAUGCCCCCACUCUCGCUCCUGGAAUUCACAUCCCGCCCUGCACCCCCUUUUUCCGAAGUGCCAAAGUGCCUCUCUCAGCGCCGUGCCUCAGUUUCCCCAUCUGCACAAGGGAUCGGUGCUGUGACCCCCCCUCAGGAGCCCGGGAGGGGGUGAGUGUGUCCCC